AUGUCGAACCGCUUCGGCUUCGGCGCGCCGUUCCCGUCACACCAAGAGCAGCGGCAGUCACCACAGGCCUUCAGCCCAAUUCCAUACGUGACAGAGUCAAUGGGUGGAGGCUUCAAAACCUCGGAUAUCUUCUCGCGACUACUGCAGGAGCGUAUCAUUACCUUGAACGGAGAAGUCGAAGACUCCAUGUCCGCUGUGGUCAUUGCGCAACUGCUCUUCCUCGAAGCAGAGAACCCCGAAAAGCCAAUCUCCAUGUACAUCAACUCGCCCGGUGGAAGUGUCAGCGCAGGGCUGGCAAUAUAUGAUACCAUGAACUACAUAAGAAGUCCGGUCAGCACGACAUGUAUGGGCAUGGCCGCUUCCAUGGGCUCAUUGCUUCUUGCUGGGGGAGAGCCUGGUCAGCGGUAUAUUCUGCCGCACGCGAGGGUCAUGAUCCACCAACCAAGCGGUGGUUACCGUGGCAAAGCAAGCGACAUUGCAGAUCACGCGAAGGAGAUCUUAAGGAUACGGGAUAGGCUGAACAGGAUCUACCAGAACCAUCUCACAAAGGAGCGGACAUUAGAGGAAAUUGAGAAGUACAUGGAACGCGACUACUACAUGGAUGCAGAAGAGGCUGUGGAGUUUGGCAUCGUGGACAAGAUUAUGGAGAAGAGGGUCGUACCGGGAAAGGACGAAGACAGCAACUAG